UCUUCGGGAUCCGGAUACUAGUGUGUAAUCUCGUCGAAGAAGUUCAUAUUGACCAAAAAUGUUCGGGACUCUCUUCGAUGUGCUGCUGCAUAUGUUCCAGAUCUGGAAUGUGUACGCUCAGUCGAUGUUACAAGGUUUCGGUGUUUCCAUGUUCACGAUAUCAUCAUUGGACCUCUCGCGAGCCUUGAACGCCACGGUCUCUGAGGUCUCGCUGCUGAAUUUCACCCAAGCGGUCGCCGCCGUGAUUGGAGCCUUAGCAAGUGGACCGUUAUAUUCAUACGUCAAGGUUCAUUACCUCCUCGUGGGGGCGAUUGUUCUCCAGGGUAUCUCACAGGCACUCUUGCCCGUUUGCGCCGACAUACGCAUCGCCCACGGUCUAUACGCUCUCAGUGGGCUCACGCUCCGAUUCAGCGAAGCGGGAAGCUAUUUACUCCUCAUGGCGGUGCACAAAUCGCAGUGGAUAUCAACGGUCAUACAAGGAUAUCAUCUGAUGUUCGCGGUAGGAUCUGGAAUCGCUCCGCUGAUCACUCGGCCUUUCGUCACCGAGCGAAUCAAUUCCUCGAACCGAACGAUCAACUCUCGGAAUCCAUUCGCAUCUCCUUUCCCGUCAACAGCGGCGCAGGCCGACGCGUUACAUGCAAUUCACCGGAAUCCCCCUCCGCCACCGAGCGCCGAUCCCCCGAUUUUCGUCGCGCCCGUCGCGCGGUAUCCGGGCGCGGAUCGUGUGCCGAACCCUAGUCAGGUGUACAUUCCGUUCGCAUUGUUCGGAAUUUUCGCGAUCGUCAUCGCCGGAUGCUUCUACCUCGCGCACCGCUGGGCACGCGGAACCGGAAAACCACGUCCUGCUCCCCGUCAGUCCCUGCGGGAAUGGGCUCUGACCCUGCUUUGCGCAUGUCAUGCAUUCUUGUACGUGCACACAUUCGUUUCGGUCACGGAUUUUCUCUCAGUUUACGGCAUACUGAAGGGCAUGACGCGUGCGGAUUCCCGUCUGCUCCUGACCGGCCUGAUGACAGCUUUCUGCUGUUUCCGCACGAUACCCGUUGUAUUGUCGGUGAAACUGACGCCGGCCAAUGUCCUAUUCCUCGCUGACGUUGCUCUCUUGGGGGCUACAGGCGCACUCUACGCUGUGGGACACAAAAGUCACGCGCACUUGUGGUACUGCAGCGUUUUCCUCGGAGCUGCUUUCGCGUCCAUCUAUGGCUCAGCAAACGCGUGGCUGAUAUCUAAAGUUCGACUCAGUCAAUUGCAAACGUGUGCCGUCGUUUCAGCGGCGGCUUUUGGUGCCGUGAUGCCGUCGCUGCUUGUCGAAAGAUGGAUUGAAGAACGACCGGGCAUCUUCCCCGUCGUUCCUUUGGUAUCAGCUGGUCUUCUGAGCUGCGUCAUGAUAGCCAUGCUACUCGCUGCUCACGUCAUACCUAGGGACAGCGACCAGCUGGAUGAAGAGAAGAGUUCUACGACCCAACUCUCCCAGAAAUCUUCAAAGUCUUCAGUGUAUAGCUACUGGGCUUACGAUUAGCCGGAGUGAGUCUGUAGUAGAGGUUGUACAUAUGAGUGUGAGAUAUCUCUCGAUCCUGCUCCAUGAGUUCGCGGUGCUGUUCUGACCGCUUGAGCAUUCAAGCGAAACAUCCCAAGAGGUCAUUCAGGGGUCAGUCAUUGUUCAUGGUCCUCGUCUGGCUCGCAGGCUGGACCGAAUUCAGUCAUUGCUGUACAGAAAUCGACAAAGUCAUGCCUACUCAAACGCCAUAGCUGUCAUUGCCCCGUAACCGCUCAUCGUUGGAAUAAAGAAACCCCAGGAUGGU